GAAGAAGAAGGAGCAGGAAAGAAGGAGAAGGCGACAACAACAAAAACUUCUCUCGUUGGUGAAGCAGAUAAAGUAGAAGCAGAAUGACUCGCCACGGGAAGAACUGCACGGCCGGAGCUGUGUACACGUACCACGAGAAGAAGAAAGACACAGCGGCGUCUGGUUACGGCACACAGAGCAUCCGACUGGGCAAGGACGCCAUCAAAGACUUUGACUGCUGCUGCCUGUCCCUGCAGCCCUGUCGGGACCCUGUGGUGACUCCAGAUGGAUUCUUGUAUGAAAAACAGGCCAUUCUUGAAUACAUUCUGCACCAGAAGACAGAUUUUGCCAAGAAAAUGAAGGCAUAUGAGAAGCAGAAGCAAGUGCAGAAGAGCAGCAGCCAGCUGGAGUCCAAGUCGUCGGAGAGAGAGCGGGUGGAGCUGUUCAAAACCAGGGAGAACAGCAUCGUGUCCAAACCCAUCAACCCCUUCACAUCUGGUAGGACUCCUCCGGCUGACACUGUCCACACUGAGCAUCACGUAGUACGAGCCUGGGCUCCGGCCCUGCCAGCACCGCGCUCUGUUACUUCUGACAGCAGAGCAGAGCUCCAGCAGAUGUCCAGGUGGUGUCCAGCAGAUGUCCAGGUGGUGUCCAGCAGAUGUCCAGGUGGUGUCCAGCAGAUGUCCAGCCUGGCCUUGUCUCUGCUGCAGAGUAAGACGGUGUUAUGUCCCAUGUCAGGACGAGCCAUCAGGAUGAACGAGCUUAUCACCGUGCGCUUCACCCCGCUGGACUCCAGCCUGGACCGCGUGGCCCUGCUCACCCGCCAGGACCGGUAUGUCUGUGCAGUAACCAGAGACGUCCUAGGAAACAGCGUCCCCUGCGCUGUCCUGCGGCCCUCGGGCGCCGUGGUGACGCAGGAGUGUGUGGACAAGUUGAUCAAGAAGGACAUGACUGAUCCUGUGACCGGGGACAAGCUGUCCGACAGAGACAUCAUCCCCCUCCAGAGGGGGGGAACCGGCUUCGCGGCCUCUGGGAUUGACCUCAGUGCCAAAGAGGCUCGUCCAGUCAUGCAGGUGUGAGGCGAGGCGUGCGGCGUGCACAGCGGGGUCUGGUUGAUCCCACGGAGACUCUGGCUCACUUCUCCCAUGUUCACAACCUUCACCUAUUUUGUUGUCUUUUGUUUUUUGCUGAAAUAUUAUUCUUGUUCCCGUAGCUAACCAUAAUAGACCAUUACAUGAUAUCUGUCGAAGUGUUUAAUAAGACGAGGCGAGGAAGAAGUCUUCACUGUCCCCUGGUCGGGUUGCAGUCUUGCAUCCUUAUCUUGCUCUACAUCAGAGUAGAAUCCAAUGCAUUGAUCUAUCAAUCAUUAAUUCUUUGCCACGUGCUGCAAAAUAUAUUCAUAUUCUGAGCCAUGGGAUUAGUUUGAUAGACUGUUCCAAGACUGUAGAGAAGAGAAAUGUUUCAUAGCUUUAUAUUUGAAGCUCAGGGCCAGGCACUGGCUCUUAUUAAACUGCAUAUAAGUUUAAGUUAUGUUUGCGUGUCGAUAUAUUUGAUACUUUUAAAUCUGUUUACACCUGUGUGACAUUGUGCAUUCGACAUAAUGAUGUCAUAUUAUUUUGACAAAAAUGUUGGGUAGACAUGAUGUCAGCUGUUAAGAUCACUUCAAGACAGUUUCAACUCAUUUCCAUUAAACAUUAACCAUGUGGAACCCA